AUGAGCAAGGCAGCCAAGCGACGCAAGGUCGACAAGCCAAGCGCAUCCCAGCAGCCAGAGCCAGUGGUCAUCAAGCCGAUAGCAGACGAGAGCGAGCCCUACAUCGAAGAUGAGCAUCGACCAACUCAACAACCGAAGCGUAUCAGAGUACAAGUUGACGAGCCAGAGACUGCUACCGAGACUGGCACACAAGAGCCGCUAGCAUCAACGAGCAAUAGAGAUCCACUGGAAGCUAUACAAGAUGCGCUCAAACCGGUCCAGGACACGGCAGACCAGGUGCCUGCAAGAUUGCCAUUUUCCUCUUUGGAGCUGUCAGAGCAGACGAGCAAGGCGAUACAAGAGAUGGGAUUCACUACCAUGACGGAGGUGCAAGCGAGAUGUAUAGGCCCCAUCAUGGCUGGCCGUGACGUGCUCGGUGCUGCUCAGACUGGUAGUGGCAAGACGCUGGCCUUUCUUCUGCCAGCCAUCGAGAUGCUGCAUCAGUUGCGAUUCAAGCCAAGGAACGGCACGGGCGUCAUCGUCAUCUCUCCCACCCGUGAACUUGCACUACAGAUCUUUGGCGUCGUCAAAGAGCUAUGCAAGCACCACAAUCAGACCUUUGCAAUCGUCAUGGGGGGCGCCAACCGCAAAGCCGAAGCAGAAAAGCUCGUCAAGGGCGUCAACCUCGUCGUCGGCACACCUGGCCGUCUGCUGGACCACCUGCAAAACACCAAAGGCUUCAUCUUCAAGAACCUCAAGCAGCUCGUCAUCGAUGAGGCUGAUCGCAUUCUCGAAAUUGGCUUCGAAGACGAGAUGCGCCAGAUCGUUAAGAUAUUACCAAAUGACAAUCGGCAGACAAUGCUGUUUUCGGCUACGCAAACAACAAAAGUCUCUGAUCUUGCGCGCGUCUCGCUACGGCAAGGACCGCUAUACAUCAAUGUCGAUUCCCAUCGCGACACGUCUACAGUCGCUGGCCUGGAGCAAGGCUAUGUCGUUUGUGACAGCGACAAGCGAUUUCUGCUUCUCUUCACUUUUCUGCGCAAGAAUAUCAAGAAGAAGAUCAUCGUCUUCUUCUCGUCUUGUAAUUCUGUCAAGUACCACGGCGAGCUGCUCAACUAUGUCGACAUUCCAGUUCUUGAUCUUCACGGCAAGCAAAAACAGCAGAAGCGUACGAACACCUUUUUCGAAUUCUGCAAUGCGCCUAGCGGUGUACUGCUCUGCACGGACGUUGCUGCUCGAGGUCUCGACAUACCAAAGGUCGACUGGAUCCUUCAAUUUGAUCCGCCCGACGAUCCUCGCGACUACAUCCAUCGCGUAGGGCGGACAGCACGAGCUGGCAAAGCCGGGCGCAGUCUUCUCUUCUUACUGCCGAGCGAGCUCGGAUUCUUGCGGUUCCUCAAGAUUGCAAAGGUGCCUCUGAACGAGUACAGCUUUCCGAACGAAAAGAUUGCCAAUAUCCAGGGCCAGCUCGAGAAGCUCAUUACAAAGAAUUACUAUCUGCAUCAAUCCGCUCGAGACGGCUUCAGGUCUUAUAUCCAGUCAUACGCGUCCUACUCGCUCAAGAAGAUCUUCAACGUUCAUGAUCUUGAUUUGGCAAAGGUAGCAAAAGCUUUCGGCUUCUCUGUACCGCCUGCCAUCAACAUCCCCGUGGGCACGAAUCUAAAGGGUGACAAGAAGCGCAAGAAUAGAGACGACCCUGCGCUGGCCGAUGAAAGCGAGGAUGAAGCUGGAGUGGACGAAGCACCGCCCAUCUGGCGAUCGGACCGCAAAGGGCAAGACAAGCGGAAACAGAUACUCGGUCACAAGGCAGCAGAGAAGGAUGUCUAUCGCAAAGGCAUGCAGGACAAUAUCAGGCGUGGCGGCGCUCAGCAGUGGUCGAAGUGA